AAUCAUUCUUACUGUCUCUUCAAUUUCCACAAUGUCUUCGUCUGUUGAUUUAAAACCUGCCGAAAGUUUGAACCAGUAUCUCGAAAAUUACUCCUCCAAACCUAUUCGAGCUGCUGUUAUUCGGAUUUCUAACGAGAGCUCCUUUGAAGUUUCUGAUACUAUUGAAAAAAGCUCUUCUUUAGAGUCGGAUUUUGAAAAGCUUCGUCAGGUAUUACUUGCUUCUUCUGAGCCUGCUUUUGCUUUGAUUCACGACCAAACCCGUAAUGAUCUUUUACAAUUUAUUUCUUAUGUGCCCGAAUCAGCCAAUGUUCGAAACAAGAUGCUCUAUGCCUCCAGUCGUGCUGGUUUAAUUCGCAUUAUCAGCAUGUCAGAAAUCGAUAAAUCCUUUUUUGCUAGUACUAUUGAAGAGCUGAACUAUAAAUCUUUUUUCGACAAGCUUACAAAAGAAAAUGACUCUGCACCUCUUCGUCAAGACGAAAAGGACAAACAACAUUAUAAUGAGUCUCUACAAUCUUCAACCUCCCAAAAGCGUUCUUUAGUGACUGGAAGUGUAGCCAUGGAACUAGACGACAACGCUUUGAAAGCCUUAGAGAAGCUUCGCUCUGUUCCUCAAAAUACCCUUCUUCUUUUCUCUGUACGGGAUGAAGUAAUUUGCAUAGAAGACGAAAAAGAAAACAUUGCUGCCUCUGAUGUAAAGUCAUUCUUUCACCCUUCGGAACCGAGGUUUGGGUUUUUUUCUCUUUCAAAGGAUAAAAAACCAAAAACUUUGUUCAUUUAUAUUUGUCCCAUGCAGUCCACGGUUAAAAAUAGAAUGGUUUACUCGUCUUGCAAGCUUGCCUUUCUGGACAAGGUCCAGAAUAAUCUUGAUGUUACCAUUGACGGAAGGUUGGAAUCGAAUGAUUCUGCUGACUGCACCGAAAAGGAAAUUCUCCAAGCUUUAGGUCUUAUUGAUGCUUCUAAAGAGUCUAAUACAAGAUCUGGCUUUUCUAGACCCCGUCCUCCUCGUAGACGCUAAAAAUAGAUCUCCCAUCAUUGUUUACCUCGAUACGAUACAUAUUUGCUCAAGUCAUGAAUCCCUUCUUUGGAAUAAAUAUCAUUUUGAAUGCUUUCCUUACAGUAGUUCAUUUGUAUUUUAACUUUACAAUUCCUACAGUCCCUAAAAGAUUUACUAUUUAAUUAUAGACUCCUUCAAUACCACUGCUAGUACGAAUCAAAAUACUCACCCAAAAAUUAAUUAUUCAU